AUGAUGCUUCGGUCAAUCGGACCAGCUUGGUUCUCCUUCAGUCGUGUGGUAUGCUGCAAUAACGCAAAGCAUAGCACGGCUCUCUUUCGAGCCUACGCCACGACUCCAUCGAGAGUAAAGACAACCUACCCAAGCUCGGCUCUCCCAGCUAACGAAAACAGUCAGCACCAUAAUCAAGAAAAUAUCGGCCAGGAAAGGGACCAAGGCUACCUGGCCUUUACCAAAUCAAGUCUUUUCAAGCUGACACUACCACUGCAGCCGCCAAGCUCGGAUCCUAGCUCCCCCUCCUCUAUCUACUCAUCAGCAACGGCUAAGGCGGAACGCCAAAACGAGUUGCCUCGAUCCCAAGCCGAGGAGGCCGAACGAAAGAAACUAUCCGAAAUACCAUGGGAGCAAGCUGCGGAAACGUCAGAGCCGCCCGUAUCCCAGCUCAAUCAUCGAUCGCAUUUGAACUUGCAUGGUCCCGAAAAUGGCGAGCCAUCUGACGUCGAGGCCGACGAGUAUGAUGCUGAUGCUCCAGCACACAGCGUCGUCUUUCUUCUGCAUAGCGCACAGCCGCUCAGCUACAUCGCAAAUCUCAUACGUGCCGAAGGACCAAGUCCGGAACCUAGUCAGCAUCAGAUCGAGGCCGAGAAACAGAAGACUGUGCGGACAGAGUCUUCGAGAUACCAAGAUGACAACAGCGGCAAGGUCAGUGUUCCCGCGGCACCACGAUCUUCGCCUGAGCGCAAAGACAAGCGCGUCCAAUUGAGCCCAGAGCAGUUGGAAAUGCGCGAGAUGCUGCUUCGCCAAGGCUUCGUCGAUCCACUCGGAGAUCCGCCAAUUUCCUUCCACACCCGCGCAGCUGACGGCAAACGUUGGUCACCUGCGACGGGCAUCGGUGAUUUCUUGCGCGAUGCCGCGCGAAUCGGCUCCUUUGUGAUUCGUAUCGGUGAGCGCAACGUGUAUGUGACAGUUCCCUCGUUCGAGGACCGCACCCGCUUUCUUCGUGCUAGUCUGUACGCAAAGACGGAGCAAAUCGAGAAGCUUGUCCAUCUCAAGGUCGAGUGCGAUCGCAUCGCUCAUUCGGGUACCAAACGACUCUCGUUUGCCGGCGUGCUCAUCCUGAGCGCUUGGUGGGGGUCGGUCGCUUUUCUCACCUUUUUCACCGAACUCGGUUGGGACGUCAUGGAACCCGUCACCUAUCUCACCGGUCUCGGCACCAUCUUGGGCGGCUACAUCUGGUUCCUCAUUCACAAUCGUGAGGUCUCGUACCGUGCGGUGCUCAACGAGACCACAUCCAGGCGACAGCAGAAACUCUACAUAGAGAAAGGCUUCAAUAUUGAGCGGUACCAGGAGCUGAUCGAAGAGGUCAAGGACUUGCGCAAAACUAUCAAGAAGGUUGCCGAGGAUUACGACCUGGAAUGGGACCAAGGAGAGACAAAGGCCGGCAAGCAGAACAAAAGUGCGCUCAAGAUCAUCCGUAAGCAUGAAGAGGCCAGCUUUCGCUCAAAGAGAGAAAAUGUCCGCGAAGACGAGGAAGGCGAUGCAGACGAGAAGGAUAGCGGGCGCACAGCUACCGCUUCCCACGAGGCCGAGGACAAGGACGGAGACGGACAGCCUGACAAUGUACAGCACGAUCAUUCGAAGCUCAAGGUUCGUAAGAAGAAAGCCAACGGAAGCGAGGCUCGUCGUCAUUUCUCUACAAUUGCACGACGGAGUGGUGCAGACGCAAAUCCUUCACCAUUCGCUAGACACUACAGCAGCAGCAGCGAAUCGGGCAAGCGUCCUGCGAGGGGCGUCGACUCGCCAAACGAAUCUUUUCGGGCGUCGAAUGGUGCAACACCCUUACUAGAUGGUGGAGCGACCCAUGUCACUCAAACAGCCCUGCCUCGUACGAAGCGGCGGUUCAAUUUUCAGCCGUAUGUGGCCCUCAGUCGCAUCGAUAAGCCCAUCGGGACUUGGCUGCUCUACUGGCCGUGUGGCUGGUCUAUCGUGCUGGCGUCACACACUAUGGGACUGUCUUACACCACUCCGCUCUUCUACACGAUGCUUUUCGGCGUAGGAGCGUUCGUGAUGCGUGGAGCUGGCUGCACGAUCAACGACAUGUGGGAUGCCAAGAUGGACCGCAUGGUCGAACGCACCAAGGCACGCCCGCUUGCCGCCGGUGAGAUCACCCACUUUCAAGCUUUGUGUUUUCUCGGGAUUCAACUCAGUGCCGGACUCGCUGUGCUGGUCAACUUGAAUCUGUACAGCAUCAUGUUGGGCGCGAGUUCGCUGGGCGUGGUGGUGCUGUACCCGUUGAUGAAGCGGGUGACCUACUGGCCGCAGUUGGUGCUCGGGUUCGCCUUUAACUGGGGCGCCAUGCUCGGAUGGUCUGCCGUAGCUGGCGCAGUGGACUGGGGCGUGGUGCUACCGCUGUAUGCUGGCUCGAUUCUGUGGACGCUGGUUUACGACACAAUCUAUGCGCACCAGGACAAGGUCGACGAUGUGCAUGCAGGGGUCAAGUCGACAGCGCUCUUGUUUGGCGAUAAAACCAAGCCGGUACUAUCGGCCUUCUCUGCUGGCACGAUCGGGCUGUUCGGGUACAGCGCGUCGCAAGCGAUACCACCUGCUAUUGGCGCUGGUGCAUCGGCUGUGGAUGUACUGAGACCCGCUCAAAGCUCUAGCAUCGGCGAGCUGAUCUUCUCACCCUCGUUUCUUGACACUGUGAGCGCCACGUCGCCCAUUCUCGAUUCGUUGGCGCACCAUCACCCUUUAUUCUGCGUAGCUCUUGCCGGAGCUGCUGGUCAUCUGGCAUGGCAAAUCCGGACGGUGAAACUUGACGAUCGUGGCGACUGCUGGCGCAAGUUCUGCUCCAACACCACCUUUGGCUGGAUCGUCGUAUGCGGUCUCAUUGCCGACUACGCUUCUUGGUUGUAUCUCGACUCUCAGCAUGGCAAGCUCGAGCAGGCUCGAGACUCGGAUGUGAUCUAG